GUUAUUGAAUAAAUAGAAACAAGGAAACGAAGACGGGAAAAAAACACAAAAUACACAAAACAAAUUUUUUCUUCUACCAUAAUACCAUCCAUUCAUUGUGAAAAGUUUGAUAAUCGUGUGUAAAAAAAUAAGAAUUAAAACUUAAAAUAAAUUUAUUAAAAGAUAUAACAAGAUCUAACGCUAAUUUUGUCGUGAAUAACUUUUAAGCUAAAGAGUGAAAAAUAUUUUAAACGCCAAAAUUAAGGGCUAUAGAAAUCCAGCACAACCUCUCGUCGACGAAGCCGAGGAGGUGGAGACUGAGCACGCCACAAUGGCCGCAAAUGAUUCAGGUGUGGACACCAGCAACGAUAGCAAUGACGGCGUGACCGCUAGCAUAAUGAUUACACCGCCACCGCCAAUAAUGCCGCCCACACCAACAUCGUCACCUAAUACCCACGAGUGGCCUACCAUAAAUCCGAACGCAUUCCAUCUCAACUCGGAUGAGCAUUUUGCGCUACCUACCUUACCGCCACUGCCAUUGAACUCGUCGUCGCAGUCGUCAUCGGACUUUAUGUCUAGCAUCAUCCAUCCUAGUACCCUGCCCUCUAGCAGUCACAACUUCAAAAUGCGUCCCCGUACGUGCAUAAAGAGUAGGUUGCGUUUUAGUUACAACAAUAUUUUUGCCGAAUCGACGGGACGGAAACUGCGCUAUGCGGCUUCAACAAACAACAUCGAGUUAUUGACUCGAGUCUUGGAGUCCGGAGCGGAUCCCAAUGCCUCGGACGAGUAUAAAAGAAGUCCGCUGCAUUUGGCUGCUUGUCGCGGUUACAUACAAAUCGUUCAGCAAUUGCUUAAAUUCGGAGCAAAUCCAAAUGUAGUUGAUUCCUUGGGCAAUACACCACUGCAUUUGGCCGUCAUCUCGGCCAGCUCUAAUAAUUUCAAUGUUGUGGUGCGCGUCCUCCUGCAGGGCGGUGCCAGUGUUCAUAUGUUUGACCGCAGUGGCAAAUCGCCACUGGAACUUGCCGAAGCUAAACUACGUUUACUCCGUACCAGAUACGAGAAUCCUACACCAGAGACCAGUAAAAUUCUUGAGGAUAUGUGUAUGCUAACUGCCCUAAUACUACGAUAUAUGGUUAAACAGCAGCGUGAACUCGAAGACCUCUCCAAUUUGGAGAAGCGCUUACAGAAUCUAAGUACCCGCGAUGAUCAAGAACAGGUUGUCUCACAGACCGCUGACGAGUUGUUAGCCAGCAUUGAAGGUCUGUCGAUUAACAAGUAAAGGCGCUGUUGAGAAAUAGAAUCGGUCAGCGAAAGAUCCACACUGUUAAUUUUUAUUCAAAACAAAAUGUGUAUUGUCGUUAUAUUUUCGUUUCCUAAUUUGGCUGCCGUGUGUUUGUAUCGUUUGCAUGAAAGCAUACACCAAGGAUUGUACAAAAGAAAAGAUUGAAAUAUUAUAUAUAUAAAGAUGUAUAUACAUAAUAUCUAAGUAUACACAUACAUGUACAACUUUUCAUUGCAAUUUUUUUCAAAACAGACGAUAUUUUCUACUCUUAAGAUAUUUUAAUUUUUUUAUGAUUACUAUUAUAUAUUAAAAAAAAUACGAUAUAUUAAACUUCUUUGUAGUUUUUAAGCUUACAAAUGUUCGACAUAUAACAAACCAUAACAAACCUAAAUCAUAGAAUCAUAUACAAAUUAAAUAAAGAAAUGAACACUUUUUGUUAUAAACAUUUUCAAAUUUCAAAAUGAUAUUGGUAUUUGCCACAAAAUCUUGUUUAAGUUUUAAAAAGUAAAUUAAGAUUAAUGAGAACAAAUACAUGCAAAUAUCCAUUGAAUAAAAAUUUAAAAAAGAUAUAUACAUAGAUGUUAUCUAUACACUACAAAAUUAACUAUUAAAUAAGUUUUAAUAUAAAACUAAAAAAAUAUAUACUAAAAACAUUACACAUAAAGUGAAGUAUAAAGAGUAAAGCAAAUUAACAAUAAAUAAAAUCCUCCAAAAAUUUAAAUGUUUAUUUACUUCUUAUGUAUAUGUUAAUUAAUUAAUUAUUUACACAAUCAAUCAGCAAUGCAAACAAUCGAUUUAAUAUUUCAUUAUUAUUAUUGUAUGUUUUCCUUUGAUUUGUUUAAUUUCAAAUUUGAAUUUAUUAGUAUUUUGUGCAGUAGUUACUUUAAAAACAAUACAUAAAAACUGCAUAAUCAACAUCAAAAUGCAGAGAAACGUUAAAAAAUAGUACAUACAUUGGCAUAUAUAGUACAUAUAUAAACGACAUUUUCAAAGUAAUAAUUUCUCAGAUGGACGAACAAAAUGUAUUUAUAGUUUUUGGCUUUAUUGCAGAGAAACUGUAUUCAUUUCAUUUAUUCUUAAACUAUUAUCAUACAUACACCUGUAAUGAGGCCAAUUACAUUAGUACAACCAACAAUCCAAUGAUGAAAUGUUGAAACUAAAUAUGAAAUAAAAUUCUAGAUAUUUAUUAAAAUGUAAAAUCGAAAUUUAUUAAAUACGUGUCUAUGAUUAUGAAAUUACUUAAACGAGAAAAAUGUGUAAACAUUUUUUUUAUCGAUUCAAUUUAAUAAAUCGAAAAAUAUUUCAAUCUAUUGAGUGUGAAAAAUAAAGGCAUUAGCCAUUAUAU